CAAUCAGAUUUUGAAGACCGCGGCUGCCCAAAUACCUCCACGCGUGCUUUUCGCCCACGCACAAUACAGAGAGCAUGUUCACAUCAAGUGAUGCCCGACCGGCAGACGCUGCGUUCACCAGAGCUCUGCCAAAGGUGGAGCUACAUGCUCAUCUCACAGGCAGCAUAAGUCCAGAGAUGCUCCAUCGAAUCUGGCAAGACAGCAAGUCCGACCUCCCCGACCCUCUCACGGCCAUCCGCCCAGAGGGAGCCCAUCACGACAUCUUCUCUUUUUUCAAGGUUUUCGACACAUAUAUCUACAAUCUAUGCAACACUCCAGAAGCCGUAGCAUUCGCAACCAGAGAAGUUCUCAAAGCAUUUCGAAACGAUGGUGUCAAGUAUCUUGAACUGAGGACCACUCCCCGAGAAGCACUCGCAACUGGACUGUCCAAGGAGAUCUACGUGGAAACCGUGCUCGAUACGGUUGCAGAAUUCUCGCGUGAGGAAGACGACAUGCGCACAUUUUUGAUGCUCUCUAUCGACCGAAGAAACACAAUCGCACAGGCACAGAAAGUACUUGAACUUGCGAUGAGAUAUCGCCAAAGAGGCUGCGGUAUAGUCGGCGUUGAUCUUUGCGGCAACCCUUUGAGAGGAGACGUGUCCAUCUUCCGGGAGGUCUUCUUACGGGCUCGGCAGGAAGGCUUCCACAUAGCAUUACAUUUCGCCGAGAUUCCUGAGAGCAGUUCAGACGCUGAGCUCGAGACGCUGCUAGCGAUGCAGCCGGAUCGCAUAGGCCAUGUUAUACACGUUCCUCCCAAGAUUGUAAAGGAGAUCGAAAGAAGGAACAUUGGAUUGGAGCUUUGUCUCAGCUGCAACGUGCACGCCAAAAUGCUGCCAGGUAAGAACAGAGGCUUUGCAGAUCAUCACUUUGGAGAGUGGUAUACCCGGAAGUGUCCAAUCGCAUUGAGUACGGAUGAUGUGGGUAUCUUCGGGAGUCCUGUGUCCAACGAGUAUCUGCUUGCCGCUCAGCACUUUUGCUUGAGUCAGAACGAUCUGGUUCAACUCGCGCGACGGGCUGUGCCUUCGAUCUUUGGCGAUGAUGAAGAGAAGAGGCGACUUCACAGCCUGCUGGACACUUUUGAAAGAAAGCUUGCGAAUUCAAGGUUGCUUCUGUGA